GCCCCGGGCCACCACCCUCUCCCACCGCCCUCCCGACACGGCUCCUGGCUGCCGGCCACGAGGCUUCCAGGCAACGUGAGAUUCCUGGUGAUGGAUGGUUCAAAUCCUACACCCUUUCCGUCCAGCCUGCCCACCAGCCCCCUGCCCUGCACCUUUGUCAGUCCAGCCUGGGGGCAUGUGUCAGUCCCAGCCUCGAGCCCCCAGCCAAUGCUGGACUUUCAAGGUCCACAGCCAUCAAUGGUGCAGUGCUUCACGUGGGACAUAAACCCGGCCUUGUUUUGACAGCCGGCUUCAUCCUGGGAUUGAGGGAUCAAAGACAGGGAGGGUGGGACUCGGGCCAGACCUGCAGGGAAGGGAGAGGAUGGGGCCGGGGCAGGAAUGUUUGGGGGCCAGUUGAGCUGUUGGCCGGGGAAGUCCAGUCCAGCUGGCACCCCAGUUGCAUGGGACUGCUGGGUGGGGGUGUGUCCGAGCCCAGGCCUGUGUUCAUGGGUGGGGUGGGAGCCACAGUUGAUGACUGGGGGCAUCCAAGGCAUGUGGGGGUGCUGAGUGUAUGCUGGGGGACAGCUCUGGUGCUAGGGGUGUGGCUGUGAGCAGGACAAGUGUCUGUCAGGUGUUGGCUGGUGAACAAGUCAAGUGAGGGUGGUGACGGGUAUGGGUGAGUGGGGACCACCAUCUGUGUUCCAGGGUGCAGCUUGUGGCAUCUGGAGCUGUGGAGUCUGACAGUUUCCAUUUCUCAGGGUGUUGCUAUUUUGGAGGGAGGAGUGUAACUGGCCAGGUCUCAGGGUGUCCAGCGUUCUGGGUGAGCUGUCUAGUCUUAGAUUCUGAGCCUUGGUGCCGUAGGUACUGGGGUGUGGCCAGGUCUGGGGGGCAGUAGUAGCACUCCUAUGUCUGGGGUGGACCAAGUGUACCCCUGACCUGGAGGUUUGACAGUAGGGCUCAAAGGUGACCCUGUAUCACCCAGCACUUGAGGGUGCAAUGAGGGUCAUUCUGGAGGGCUGCAUUUCAGGGUGUCAAGGGAAGUGGCUGGUGUCACAGCCACCCAGGAUGGUCUUCAUGCUGGGUAAUGAAAGCAGCUCAGGGCUAGGGAUGUAGCUCAGCGGCACAAGCACCUGCCUGGCAAGUGCGAGGUCCUGAGAUCUAUUCCCGGUACCAAAAAUAAUAAUAAAAGAAAGCAACUCAGUGAGUUCCUGGGUACAACAAUGGUAUCUUAGGGGCAGGUGUGGCCAUUGCUAGCUCUUGGGGUGUGAGGCUGCAUGGAUGUCCCCCAAGGCUAUGACCCUGUUUUUCAGGGCUGGAGGUGAGGCGUGGCUGUGUGUUGGGGUGCAGGGUGUGAAGAUGUCUUGGCCUGCAUGUCAGACAUGUUGUUCAACACACCGGGGAAGGAUGCGGCACUGGCCUGGUCCCUAGACCUCCCAGCUCCCUGGGGCCCUUGCCUCCUCCUUUGGGUGUGGUCUGGGCUUGGGCCCUGGUGUAAAGACUGGGCAGGUCGCAGCCAGGCUGGACCUCCCCAAACUGCCACUGUCACUCAUCUCGACACCCACAAAGGCUCAGGGGGUGGCGCUGUCCCCCAGCCCCUGUGCGAAUGGCCCCCCAGCCCCAAAGCCCUGCUGGGGGCAGCACCACCCCCUGCAGCCUCCCCAGCCCGCCCUGGGCGAUGCUCAUAUUUUCCAGUGUUUAGAUUUUAUCCGCUUUAUUAAUGAGGCGGGCAAGAAGCCCGAGCCCUGGGGAGGGCUGCCCCCGCCCCGCCAGGAGGAGGGGGUCCCAGGGGCCAAGCCAACUCCCAGGAGCCUCCCUUGGAGAAGGAGGGCAGCCGGGGCCCCGAGUGGCCCCUUCCCAGAGUCAGGAGCGCAGAGAGGGGGUCUCUGUCCCUGGAGGCCCCCAGUGGGCGUGCGCAGAGUGGAGCAGCCCCGAAGGCCAGCAGGGCGCGGUGGAGGCGGGAGCUGAGAGCUGCCCCAGGAAGAGGGCGGGCAGGAACAGCCUGGCCAGAGCCGGGCGCGGUGGGCGCUGACGCAUGGGGGCCAUGGGGGCCCGGUGUCCCAGGCAGCACCAGCCCUCCCGGCACCUGACAUGAGCCUCUGCGGGCCUUUGAACUCAAGCCUGCCCGGCGAGGCGAGCACGUGUGAGGCGCCCGGGGUCCCCAACGCGUCGGCGCCAUCGGGUGGUCCCAGCGCGUCGCCAGCGCUACCCAUCUUCUCCAUGACUCUGGGCGCCGUGUCCAACGUGCUGGCCCUGGUGUUGCUGGCACAGGCCGCAGGCCGGCUGCGGCGCCGCCGCUCUGCCGCCACCUUCCUGCUGUUUGUCGCCAGCCUACUGGCCACAGACCUGGCGGGCCACGUGAUCCCGGGUGCGCUGGUACUGCGCCUGUACACGGCGGGGCGUGCGCCGGCCGGCGGGACCUGCCACUUCCUUGGGGGCUGCAUGGUCUUCUUCGGGUUGUGCCCGCUACUGCUGGGCUGCGGAAUGGCGGUGGAGCGCUGCGUGGGCCUCACACGCCCGCUGCUGCACGCGGCGCGCGUAUCGGUGGCCCGUGCGCUCAUGGCACUGGGCGCGCUGGCUGCGGUGGCCUUGGCCGUGGCGCUGCUGCCGCUGGCGCACGUGGGGCGCUAUGAGCUGCAGUACCCUGGUACCUGGUGCUUCAUUGGUCUCGGACCACCCGGGGGCUGGCGCCAGGCGGUGCUUGCGGGCCUCUUCGCCGGACUCGGCCUGGCCGCACUCCUCGCGGCACUCGUGUGCAACUCGCUCAGCGGUCUGGCCCUGUUGCGCGCACGCUGGCGCCGCCACCGCUCCCGACGGCUCCCCGAGGUCGUGAGCCCCGACAGCCGCCGGCGCUGGGCGCCGCGCUCAGCCUCCGCCUCGUCGGCCUCAUCCAUCGCCUCGGCCUCUGCCACCCUGCGUAGCUCCCGGGGCGGCGGUUCGGCUCGUAGAACACGCGCGCACGACGUGGAGAUGGUUGGCCAGCUCGUGGGCAUCAUGGUGGUGUCCUGCAUCUGCUGGAGCCCCCUGCUGGUGCUGGUGGUGCUGGCCAUUGGGGGCUGGAGUCCCAGCUCCCUGCAGCGACCACUCUUCCUGGCCGUGCGUCUCGCCUCUUGGAACCAGAUCCUGGACCCGUGGGUGUACAUUCUGCUGCGCCAGGCUGUGCUGCGCCAGCUGCUCCGCGUGCUCCCCCCUAGGGCAGGUGCCCAGGGUGGCACCACCGAGCUGGGCCCCACCAAAGGCGCUUGGGAAGCCAGCUCACUGCGCAGCUCGCGGCACAGUGGCCUUGGCCACUGCUGACCGCAGGGCCGACCCGCUGCACGCAAUAAAGCCACUUCCAGA